CAGCAGAUGCAGCAGAUGCAGCAGAUGCAGCAGCAGCAGCAGCAGCAGCAGAACAGGGCACCCCAGAAACCCACAGAAACAAUGGGGGCCCCGGGGAACUCCCGCUGCGGAUGCAAGGGGGGCCCCUCUCUUGGGGGGCCCCCCAAGCCUCACCGCACUCGACAGCAGCAGCAGCAGCAGCAGCUGCUGCUGCUGCUGCUGCUGCUGUUGCUGCAACACCAGCAGCAGCAACUCCGCUUGAGUCACGAGCAGCAGCAGAGGGGCCCAAAGAAAGGCCUCAAUCAAGACACAGCUGGAGGGGGGGCCCCUGGGGGGCCCCCCGGGGGGCCCCCUGGGGGGCCCCCUCGCCCCUCAGCAGGACGAAGGAGAGAGUAGGGGGCCCCCUGCUGCGGGCGGAGACACAGCUGUCUCCUCGGGGCAGCAGCAGCACGGCAUACUUCAAGCAGAGACUGCUGCAGGAGCAGCAGCGGCUGCUGCUGCAGCAGCAGCAGCAGCCGCUGAGGACCCGGCUGCAAGGCCACAGCGUGCAGCAGCAGCAGUGGCAGCAGCAGCAGCAACAGCAGUGGCGCAAGCAGCAGCACUGGCAGCAGCUGCAGCAGCAGCUGCAGCAGCAGCAGCAGCAGCAGCAGUGUUCUUCUUGUGCCCCUAUAGGGAAUUGGGGGGCCCCCAGGAGGUCUGUAGGCGGCGUAUGUGGGGGCCCCUCUGCUUUCUCGGGUUGGGGGGCCCCCUGGCAGCAGCAGCAGCAGCAGCAGCAACAGCAGUUGCUGCUGCAGCAGCAGCAGCAGCAGCUAGCAGCAGCAUUUGCUGCUCGACUGAAAGAGUCCUCAGGUGUCUCCUCAGGUAAUUUGUCUCUGCAUUCAACUGUAGCGCUCAGUGCCAGCAGCAGCAGCAGCAGCAGCAGCAGCAGCAGCGUCAGCAGCCGCAGCUGCAGCGUGACUGGCUUCAGCAGCAGCAACAGCAGCAGCACGACUGCUGCUGCUGCUGCUGCUGCUGCUGCUGGCGGAGACAGAGACAGCGGGAUCGAGAGACAGCGGCGUCUCCUCUACCGGCGGCUUGAGCUGCAGUCCUCUCGUUCUCUCAUCAGUGCUGCUGCUGCAGCACUGCGGCAGCAGCAGCAGCAGCAGCAGCAGCAGCAGCCGCAGCAGCAACUGGAGGGUGUUGUUGACACUCAUCAUCACUAUGGGGGCCCCACAGGUAGAGGGCCCCCUGCAGCAGCAGAAGGAGACAAAAAGGAGACACAUGCAGCAGCAGAAGAGACAGCUGCAGCAGGAGACUGUCUCCUUUCAGGGGCCCCCAGCACACAGCGGGGACAGCUGCUAGAGACAGUCAAUACACUUCAGCAGCAGCAGCAGCAGCAGCAGCAGCAGCAGCAGCAGCAGCAGCAGCAGCAGCAGCAGCAGCGAGGAGGGGUAGAGACUGUCUCCGAUGAGGAUGAGGUGUCUCCUUUUGUCUCCUCUGCUGCUGUUGCUGCCUGCUGCUCAAGGAGACCUUUUUCUGCUGAUGGGCCCCCGCGUUGCUUUCCUGCUGCUGCUGCUGCUGCUGCAGUUGCUGCUGCUGCUGUUGCUGCUGCGAGGGCGCAGAGACACAAACGAGAACGGAGGAACUGCAGUGGAGGGACUCUUGCUGCUGCUGUUGCUGCUGCUGUUCAGCAGCAGCAGCAGCAGCAGCAGCAGGGAGAGGAGCAGCAGGAGCAGCAAGAGACCCAAGAGCAGCAAGAGAGAUAG